AUGGCGACCCAGGCAGCGCUGAUCGCCGAUACAAUUACCGGGAUGAAGAGGGCAUUGCGAAGAGAACGAGAUGAUACCGGCCCCGAUGAGCCCAUUAUGCAGCCUACGAACCGCGGAAACAAAAUGAAAGCAAACGCGAAACAUGUUCGCGAGGGGGCUUUGGGAUACAUAAAUACAGAAGAGUUCUAUCGAGAGAAAAUUGAACAUGCCGGAUACACUCGUCAUAUUCUUCAACGCAAUCCUACUCGCUAUGAUUCAGAAGGAGACGAGCUCGACGAAGAGGAUGAAGAUUCUGAGGCUGAUACCGCGGCCGCCGAAGAGAACCCAUUUUCAGGGAUUGCGCUAGAAACACUUUUAUGUCCUCUGAAACACCCCUCUGAACUCCCAAACCACCCUUCGCUAUCGCAACCAUACACCUCACAGGCUCUAGAGCAGAUGACAAGAGCAGUCGAGGAGAAGCUGCGCCAAGAACGCGCUCUUCUAUGGCGAGCCCGAAAUUUACACCAGAAUUUUCUGGGAGACGGCGGAUGGAUGCCAGGUGGCAUAGUUGAGGCUCCCGAGGACCGUUACAUCUUUGAGCCCAGAAACGAAGAGAACUUCCAGGGCAGAUCUUUGGGUCAACAGAAGACAAGUCAAAUCAGUACGCCAACUACCAGUGGUGAACUGAACGGUGCGCCGAAUGUCUCAUCCACAAAAGACACACACCAAGCACAGAAUGGCACGGAGAGUGGAUUCCAGCCCGUGGAAAAUGAUCUGGAAAUGGCCGAAGCAUCAGGAGGCUCUGCAGAACAACCAACAGCCAAUGCUGACUCUGAGAAACCAGAUACUGAUCUCAAAUCAGAGGAAGCUGAUGCCACCGUCAAUGACCUCCCACCACAUCCCAAAGGCGCAGAUGAAUCCACUCAAGUCAGCAAUGGCAUUCAUAUCAACAAUACUGCCACCGACAACAAAUCGGAAGAGAUGGAUAUUUCUCUAGAUGGCGAGAAGGCUAAAGCCGAUACUGACCAGGCGGAUCAGAAAGAAACACAUGACGAUAUCGAACACGACGCGGAGAUGCAAGAUGGUUCUUCACCUGAGCCGCCUCGUCGUAUGACUACGCGUGCCCAAGCCAAUGCCACAAACUCUCAAGAUGAUGGUAAUCGAUCGCCCCUAUCGUCAGUGGGUUCUGCCAGCAGCCUUCCUGCUCCACACCCGCUGUUUCUCAUUCCACGCAAUAUUCGACCAGAUGCAAAUUUCGGCCUCCCUUCUUCGGAGGCUGAGGAGACUCGACGUCUUUUAUGGUCUUACAUCCAGAAACAGGAAGAGACUGUGCGUGGGUUCGAGCACAUGCUUGACUCUUUAUACCGAACUUGCCGUAUGAAGGCCGAUGUGCUAGAAUGGUGUAAGGCCGAGGGUCAUGUGGGUGAGAUGAGCGAUGGGGAAGAUUGGUACGAUCGGGAAAAAUGGGGUUUAGCUGAGAGCGAGGAUCUCAAGAAGGGAACUGAUGAAGAGGACGUGGAGACGGUGGAUGACAGCCGAACCACGGCGGCCAAAAGGGGCCGUGGGCGUCGAGCAUAG